AUGUCAACAUCAAAGUUAUCCCAAAUUGUGAAUCAGCAUAGACCUGAUUUACAGCCUCUAGAAGAGCUCUACAAGCAUCUUCACCGAAACCCCGAGCUAUCAAACCAAGAAGUUGAAACAGCAGCGACGAUUGCAGAAAGACUCAAGGCAAUUGGGCCCGAAGAUUUAAUUGUCAAGCCUCAUAUCGGCGGCCAUGGUCUAGCAGCUAUUCUCCGUAAUGGCGAUGGCCCUACCGUUCUUCUGAGAGCGGAUAUCGAUGCUCUUCCGGUUGAGGAGACGACUGGUCUGGAGUAUGCGAGCACCAAGCGUAUGAUUCACGCUGCUAGUGGGACCAAAAAACCUGUCAUGCACGCUUGCGGCCAUGACAUGCAUAUCGUUACUUUGCUAGGAGCCGCAGCGACAUUGUUCUCUUCAAGAGACUCCUGGUCCGGAACCCUGGUGCUUGCAUUCCAGCCAGCAGAGGAGCGAGGAACCGGCGCUCAAGCUAUGGUGGAUGACGGUUUAUACACGAAACAUGAAGUCCCGAUCCCCGAUUUCGUUCUUGGAGCACAUGUGAGACCUCUCCGCACAGGAACAAUUGGUACUCGUAGAGGUCUCGUCGCGACAAGCGCAGACAACUUCAAAGUCACAAUCCACGGCAAGGGCUCUCACGCAAGUAUGCCUCACACAGCCGUGGAUCCAAUAGCUAUUUCUGCAAACGCUAUCCUCAAGUUACAGACUCUUGUAAGUCGAGAAGUCGAUCCAGCAGAGUCUAGCGUUGUCACUGUCACGAGUAUUCACGCAGGAGACGCCGAGAAUGUUAUUGCAGACUCAGCUAUUCUCGGUGUCGAUACGAGAUCCACCACAACAGCAACGCGCGAACGUCUUUUGAAGCGCAUCAGAACAGUUAUCGAAGCAGAAUGCUCAUGCGCCAAUGUUCUCAAAAGUCCCGAAUUCGAACAAACCCGUGCUUUCCCUCUGACGAUAAACGAUGUUGCUGUUACUCAAAGGGUCGAAGAGUCCUUUGCAGCACAUUUUGGCGAAGGGCCAGGGCAAUACGACAGAGAUAUGCCAAAGUUGGCUUUCAGUGAAGACUUUUCGAUUUUGGCCACUGCUGUUGACAAGCCCUAUUGUUUCUUUACAUACGGAUGUGUUGGUGAAGAGGCGUGGGACAAGGCUGAGAAAGAGGGAAGUGUUGCUCAGAGUAUUGCUGCGAAUCAUUCUUCCAAGUUUGCUCCAGUGAUUCAUCCCACACUCAAGACGGGUUUAGAUGGAUAUGCACUUGGUGCUUUGACUUUUUUGGCUAAGGGACGAUAG